GUUAUAAAAAAUAAAAAAAAAAUGUCUAGAUCCCCACUCAUGCUUUCUUCUUCUGGUCUCUUUUGUCAAAUUUUCUCCCCCCAUUGACGCAGCCCGUCAUUUUCGGUGAUUCUCUCUCUCUCUCUCUCCGUCCGGAGUGGGAUUGAGCUCGGAACCCUAGGCCUAGGGAGAGGGAGCUCUUUCCGUCGGCCAAGCCACCCACCGAAAGAUCUCCGGCCAAGAAGAAGCUUCCAGACUCGCCGUCGAAUACAUCGAAAGCCAUGUCGGGAAUCCACCGGUCUUCCAGUGUUCCACUCAAGGCCGGCCUCCCUCCGAAAGAGCUCCUCGACGAUCUCUGCAGUCGGUUUGUUUUGAAUGUGCCAAAAGAAGAUCUACAGUCCUUUGAGAGAAUUUUGUUCCUUGUGGAGUAUGCACAUUGGUUUUAUGAGGACAAUUCGGUGGAGAAGAAUCCAUCACUGAAGUCACUUAAUCUGAAGGAGUUCACUUCUUUAAUGUUUAAUAGUUGUGAUGUUCUAAAGCCUUAUGUGGCUCACCUUGAUGACAUAUUCAAGGACUUCACUUCCUACAAAGUUCGAGUUCCUGUAACUGGCGCAAUCAUUUUGGAUGAAACAUAUGAACGGUGCGUAUUGGUGAAGGGAUGGAAAGGGUCAAGUUGGAGUUUUCCACGUGGCAAAAAGAACAAAGACGAGGAAGACCAUAAAUGUGCCAUCAGAGAAGUCCUGGAGGAAACAGGGUUUGAUGUUGCUCUGCUUCUUGACAAAGAUGAAUACAUUGAAAAAACUUUUGGACAGCAAAGAGUGCGGCUCUAUAUAAUUGCUGGAGUGAAGGAUGAUACUGCCUUUGCACCCCUCACCAAAAAAGAGAUCAGUGAAAUUGCAUGGCAGCGGCUAGAUGAACUUCAGCCGGCAAGUGAUGAUGUUAUAUCUCGUGGGAGCACUGGCCUUAAACUUUAUAUGGUGGCCCCUUUUUUAGCAGCUUUGAGAUCAUGGAUUUCAGUACAUCAGCCGCUGAUUGCACCAAAACCUGAUAUGCCUCUCAGAGCAAUCUCUGUGUGGAAAGCAAAAAACACCUCGAUAGGGAAUAGCGCAACGAUACCAGAGACCCAGCCGACUAAACCACCUGAACCUGAAAUUCCCCCUCCUGACACAGGACCUGGCAAGAGCUUCAGAAAUUUCAGGUUUGACACUGCUUCAAUCUUACAAGCAAUGGAAGCUGGUUUCUCCGCUUGAGUUUCUAACCUGCUGCUUUGUAAAGUUGUUGAAGCUCACAUCCUUGGUUACUUGAUCCCAUGUCACUUGUAUCACUGCUCACCAACUAGUUUCUAACCUGCUGCUUUGUAAAGUUGUUGAAGCUCACAUCCUUGGUUACUUGAUCCCAUGUCACUUGUAUCACUGCUCACCAACUAGUGCGUUCGCAAAGAUUGUGGCUGUGCUCCCUUGUAUAUUGGUGUAAGAACUUCAGGUUUGUGUUUGAUGUAAAUUCUGUACAGAAACCCUCUGUGUAGGCAUGCGCUUCUCUUUGUUCAUUCUUUAUUAUUAGGCGAGGUGGAUUAAAGAAAGAACUGGUACAUGUCUCUUUUCAAUUAGAUUGGGAUCAAAUAGUGAGUAACAGAUUAGGGUGGCAGCAGUUAGAUAGCUCUGCUGUUCUUUGAUGGAAA